AUGCUCGUGGGUCGUCCCCGUAACGCGUACAUCCCGGUUCCAGAGGAAAACGACGAACCACCAAAACGCCGGACAGCACCCAAGAGUCCUACACCGCCAUUCAGGGUCCUGUACCACUCAGACGAAGAAGUAUACCACCUCUUUGAGGAGCCCGGCCGACUUCACAAAAGAGAAAUAAUAACGGGAGUGACUAUCGCAAUGCUGCUCAGCCUAAAAGCAGCUAGCACAGCCACAGGUGUCUCGGCCCUUGCAACCCGACACCAAGGGCUUGCUCAGCUGCAAAUGACCAUCGAUGAAGACCUGCAGAAAAUCGAAAAAUCCAUCUCCUUUCUAGAGAAAUCAGUUUCCUCGCUUUCAGAAGGUCCCAAGUGGAUUCCCGGAAAAUUCAUCAAACCCUACCUGGACAUCACGCCCAUGGACGACACACCCCCAAACCAUGCUCCUGAAACAUCUCAGCCAACUCAGCCAGACACCUCAGUCAUGUGGAGACGACGCAAGAGAAAGAAAACAGCGCCACCUAAUCUCGUCGCCCACGUGCUGAUCACCCAGCGAUACUUACCAACUGAAAAGAAAUCUAAGAUAUAUAUUGAGGGGGAAAAAAAGAUGGAUUCACAAGAUUGUGUCCCAACAAAUUCAAAGCAAGAUAUGAGCCAUCACAUAAAGGGUAACUCUGGUAAGCAUUAUCUUUGUGGCUAUUGUGCAGCCUUCACCAAUAUAGUAGUCACCUUUCCCAUCCAGAAGGUCCUCUUUCGACAACAGUUGUAUGGCUUGAAAACAAAGGAUGUAGUAUAUCAGCUGCAGAAAGAUGGAAUUCGAAAUCUCUGUCGUGGAAUCCUUCCUCCAUUAAUGCAAAAAACAACUACCCUGGCUCUAAUGUUUGGCUUGUAUGAAGAUUUGUCCUCCUUGCUCCAUAGUCACACAAAUGCACCUGAACUUCUAACUUGCAUCAUGGCAGCAGCACUUGCAGGGACUACAGAAGCCCUUCUUACACCUUUUGAACGAGUCCAGACUUUGCUUCAAGACUACAAACAUCAUAACAAAUUUACAAACACUUACCAGGCUUUCAAGGUACUAAAAAUCUAUGGGAUUAGCGAAUAUUAUUGGGGUUUGGUGCCUAUUCUGCUCCGGAAUGGAAGCAGUAAUAUCCUCUUCUUUGGCCUACAAGGACCUAUCAAACAAUAUCUGCCUGAAGCAACUUCUUAUAGCACUCACUUGGUCAAUGACUUUAUCUGUGGCAGGCUAUUGGGUGCCAUGCUGGGAUCCUUAUUUUUCCCAAUGAAUGUUGUAAAAACUCGUAUGCAAUCUCAAAUUGGUGGCGAAUUUCAGUCUUUUUCAAAACUUUUUGUGACAAUAUGGCUAGAACGUGAUAAAAAAUUGAUGCAUCUUUUCAGAGGAGUCCAUCUGAAUUACCAUCGUUCUGUCCUGUCCUGGGGUAUAAUCAAUGCAACAUAUGAAUUCUUGCUAAAGGUAUUAUGA